UCGGCGUCGUCUCUGUCAGGGACCGCGCCGCGAGACAAUGGCUGGCAGCGCGCGACGGUUUGCCGCUGCGCGCGUUGCGCGUCGCCUCCGUCGCCGAACGCCGUCCGGACGCAGCCGAGUGCGGCGGCGGACUCGAGCGCGCGCGCGCACACACGCGCGCCAGCUUGCUUGUGCGAGUGGAUGCAGCAGCUACGUGCCGCCGGCAGCGGUUGCCUCUCCGGGAGAGUCGGGUCUUCCUGCUGCGCAGCGCGGAUCGCCACACGGGGCAGCCCAGCAGGGGUGGGGCGUCCUCCGAGGUGAACUCGGUGCUAACCUCCUAAAGAAAACCAUUUCACGCCGCCCGUCAACGUCGACGUAUAGCGCGAGGGGGUCAGCUGACCGUUGCGUGGAGGAGCUGUUGUGGCGCUGCUGCGGCCUUGAACUCCCCCCCCGUGUGCCCCCAGGUGUGCAUAGAUCCCGAACGCUGCCUACACCUGUCCGAGUCCUCGGGAGCCGUAGCAGCAGAAGCAAGCAGCGGGCGCCGAGCGCGCCCCCGUGGCCCGCACGUGACAAUGCCGCACUCGGAGCGGCGGUCGCAGUCCCUGACGCCCCAGAUGACGGCGUGCGCCGCGGCCCGCAAGGCCGGGGCUUCGGCCGUGGGCGGCGAAGGAGACCUCGGCCACAGGAUCGGCGCCGCCCCGGGCGCCGGCGGCGACUCGGCGAUGGGCGACGACGAGACCUUCUGGGUGCGGGGGCUCAAGCUGCCGCGCGAGUUCUCGCGCGCCCUGGUCGAGUCCGCGAUGGAAUACGAGCCGCGCGACGACGACGUCUUCGUCGUCUCGUACUCCAAGUGCGGGGCCGCCUUCGUCCAGCACAUCGUGCACCUCAUCUUCAACAAGGGCCACCCGUCCGGCGACUACGUCCAGUGGUCCAAGGCGACGCCGCACCUGGAACUGGUGGGCGCCGAGGCGGUGCGCCGCAUGCCGCGCCCCAACGCCAUCAAGUCGCACCUGCCCGUCCAGCUGAUGCCCUGGUCGGAGCGGGCCAAGUACAUCUACGUGGCGCGGAAUCCCAAGGACUGCUUCGUCUCCAUCUUCCUCAACCGGCAGCUCUUCCUCAAGCAGAAGUCCAUGGACGCCGCGUUCCAGGAGUUCGUGAGCGGCGACAUGAUCUGGGGCGACUACUUCGACCACGUGUGCGGCUGGUACGCGCGGCGGGACGAGCCCAACGUGAUGUUCCUGCUCUACGAGGACAUCAAGCGGUCGCCGCACGAGGUGACCGAGAGGCUGGCCCAGUUCCUGGGCGACGAGUGGCUCGAGUCCGUGGCGCUGGACGAGAGCGCGCUCGACAUGAUCGUGCACCACAGCUCGUACGACUUCAUGAAGGAGCACGCCACGCGCACCGUGCACCGCUUCGAGAAGGCCAAGGGCGAGGACGACAAGAAGAACGAGGAGGAGGAGGAGGACGACGUCGACGACGUGGUGGUGCAGGCGCCCGCGCUGCGCACGCGGACGUUCGCGCGUCGCGGAACCGUGGGCGACUGGCGCUCGACGCUCAACGCGGCCCAGGAGCGCCAGCUGGAGCGGCUCCUCCGGGAGCGCUCCAAGGACUCGGGCCUCUGGAAGCUCUGGCUGGACCUGGACGAAGAGGACGACAGCGACUUCUGAGUCGCCGGAAGAAAGGCGCGCCGCGACUUCCGCUCUUGGCACGUCCUGUAUAGACUAAAACGAAAGCGUACCUCCGACCUAUGCAGCAAAUCCGCGCAGCUUCCGGAGCUGUCGAAGGCGUCGGCCUCGUUUUCAGGUGCCGAAUCCGCACGUAUAGCUUUUCAUUCGUAAGGGCUGUUUGCUAUAUUGGCCGGCUUUCUUUGAUAACGUGUCCGACAUCUUGACAGGCCCACAGUUGCCCUUGCAAACAGUUUUGUCGUAAGAAGUUUCCUUUGUGAAUACGGGCCCUGGCGCUUGAACAGAGCGCGCGUCCUUACCCUUCUUUUUUUCUUUUUCUUCUGAUAGAGAUGUUACACACGUAGGAUUUUGGGGGCCUUGCCACAUCGUGCGCACGUGAAAUCGGACACAGGUGUAGCACUCGGACACAGGUGUAGCACUACAUACAGCUUCGCGCGCCUGGCCCUGCAUUUGCUCGGAGAAGAGUCUGCUUGAUUGUCCACACGAGCAGGGCCGCUUUUAUGACGCUCUUUUGCGGCAGAAAUUCGCUUCCGAAAGGUAAAACCGCGAGCGAUUGCCAGUCGAUGUUGAUAACGACGCGGAAGCCUUCAUACAAGGGCGGCCGCUUUCACACGGCACCAUGGACGUCAGUAUCACUCGAACCUGCAUGCAUGCAUCCAGCGGUCGGCAACGUAUUCUGAAUGACUCGCCUAUACGACAGUUGCAAACAGAAAGUUAGGCGACCGGGGUAUAUACAUACGACGCAUGCGGGACGUCUCUACUGCAUUGCGUUUCUGCUGUGCAGUGAAUUUUGCGUUCUCCGGGUUCUCGAAACAUCGAACUCGUUCCGAUUAUUCUGUGCAGUGGGUACGCCUCCUACAAGUUCGUAUGCAGGCAGAUACAUUUGUAUAGUCGUCCUCAUAAUCGCGAACGAGUUGUUCUUAUAGGCAUGUAUAAGAAAACUGGACAGCAGUGUACAGUCUUGAAGUUCUAUGUGUCUCGCUUCGUAAUAGUCGAAUAGGACAUCGCUGUCGAGUUGAGAAUCUUUGUCAUCGUUAGUGUAUGAGAGAGAGAGCUUUAGCAUCCGCUAAGACUCUGAAGCCGAAGCGUGUAUUGUAUGUUAUAUGGUGUAGCUUCACGCUCUGUGCGAGCAUACGCGUGCUCGUUGUCGCCAAAAAAUAUAAUAAUAACACUGGCAAAAAGACUCAAGUACGUAGCAAGUCUAAAGCACGGCACGCCUGAAGCAUCCGGGGCUACGGUGUACGCAAUCACUACCCUAAGGUCAAGUUGUCGUCCAGAAAUUUUGCAGCGCUGCGAAUCACGCGGAUGAGAGAGGUUCCGUACAAUGCGUCCAUUCGCGCCUGUGUGGUAUGAAUCCAGAAACAGCUAUUCGGCAUCGUGGCUGCGGAGCAGUAGGAGCUCGCGGGUUCGACUCCCGGGUUCGUCGUCACAUUCCGAUGGUGCGGUUUGCAAGAACGCUCGUGCACCGUUUUUUGGCCACAUGAUAAGAAAUAAGUGUUCAAUAUUAAUAUUGGAAGUAUAUGGAAGUGUAAGCUGCGGAAGAGAAAAUACGAACACGUUAUCUACAACAUGAAAUUAAUACAAAAUUUAUCAGUGAUUGUUAAAUGUGACUUCUUUUUAUAGCUUUUCUCUUCCACGUUCGGGUAAGUAUACAAGCUAGUCGCACGUGGAAGCUACGCUGAUUUGACGCCUGUUCAAGAAACUGAAAGCGCAUAUCAAACGGCGCAGUAUGUAAAACACGUGCAGAGGCUCCGCCCACGUAGCUUUCUCUUCAUAGCUACAGAACGUUGUAUAGCGCUAAUCUCCAUACAGACCAUCUUCCUCGUCCAGGGGACCAACGUAUUCUUUCUUUAAGGAGCGUAGCGGGAACUGAAAGAUGUGAUUGGUUCACCCUUGCGCUAGCGUCACUUGGAGCGGGAAACGAUACACAUAGCACGGCACCGAUAUUAAUCGCACAGCGACCGGUUCUGUAGGCCACGCAUUCUCGCGCGUUCAUUUCCGACAUCUUUUCCAGCUGUCGCUUGGAGCGUAGCAUCAUUGUGAAGUUAUUUGCGGUUCACUUCAACAAUACGCUUUUUUGUUUUUUGUCAGAUGACGCGGACGUAUACGCGUAUAUCCGUCUUUCUUUCUUUCUUGUUUUUCUUUUACUUGUAAUGGAUUGCAAUAGCUGCGCCCUCUAUCACUCAGGCACUUUUACGAAAACAAAUGUGCCACUAUACGUAUGGAAUCGCCUGGGGAAGUCAGUCGAGCUCCUAACAAAGUUUCGCACAUAUUUUAACAGGUAUGUGCCAUUCGGGCUCCGUGUUUGACUCAGUAGGUGCUAACUUUAUAGUUUGCAGCACCUUUACAGUCGGCUAGUCCGUAUAGACCAGCUUUCUCGCUGAGUGCGGUGCGCUCUCCAAAGCAGUGGCUCUGUGCAAACGCACAUUCCUUCAUAAGAACCGCUUUACGAAGCAAGGUCGCCCUUAAUUGCCACACAUAAAUUAAUAGGAUGUGCACUUUCCUUGCAGUUGGGUCAUGGCUGAAAAAAAGUGCACGUUCAGUGACUGUGGUUUGACCACCGCCUUUUCCAGCAUUCCUUGUACGAGAACUGGGAAGUUUGCUACAAAUGGAUAAGCUAAAGUGGCUAAAAGGAGGAGCGAAGUUCAGUUUUUCUUUUACCAUUUCCUCCCUCAUUUAGAGCGAUGUCUUACUCUGACUACACUCUACAAUACGUUUUCAAACAAUUUGUGACACCCAUAUGCACACGACGGCACCAAUACAAUGUAGAUUCGACGACUUCGUCCGAAGCUACGCUAACAUUCCAAAUGCUGAACCCGCUAUGGCACCAAGUUGUUCCUAGCACGAUAGAAGUGCCGUUAUUUUCACUUUUAAAUGCACUCGUCUUGCUUCGUCGCAGAGAUGUAUUGCACUGUUGCUGUAAAGGUUUAUUUCUGAACAAACGUAUGUCGCAGAAGAAAAGAAGCUCCUGCUUGUGGGCUUGCCAUCUAGUCAAACACUAAAGGACGUUGCCAUCCCUGGCCCGCUAAGACCAGGGUUGUUGACUUGCAUGCCGAAACGAGCUGAUGCAAUCUUUAACCUUGACCACAGAAAUGAUACAAAGCAGCCUCUAAAGAUCCAAUUCAAUUUCAACUCGAUUCAAUUUAUUUAUUACGGGUGGUAUGAAGUAUAUAUCGAAGGCAGGAAAGGGCAGCGAAGAGCAAAGUCUUGUAUGCAUAUAUAAAUUGGUGUAAAUACACAAACAGUAGGACAUAACUAUAUGGAAAUGCCAAAUCAAGCUUACACGUACUGUGCAAGGAAUCGCGAAACUCUUCAUUUAGAUUAACUAAUGGCAGAACAUUUCUUAAGGGCAGUGGAUAAUAACCCACUGAUUGAAUCCAAUGAACUUAUUCUCGCAUAUCUGACUGACUAUCCAUGCACGUCGUCGCCUCUCUCCGCUAAGGUGGCGUCCAUUACUUUGCUUCCUUUGGGUAUGAACCUGUGCAGACACCGAAAAGGCGUGACAUUUCGGAAUUGCCUCAAAUCGCGUGUUCAGCGCAAGUAAAGCUACAUAAGACUUGAUUAUGGCCUUGUAGUCGCAACCAUACAUGAGGUCAAAAGCAAAAAAAAAGAAAGAAAAUGUCUUCGUAUUAGUUUCGGUCGUUCAUCAUCGUUUCUUUACGUCACUCCCGGUUGGUCGCUUCGGAGCGAUGCAGCAGCGUCAUAAUAAAAGUCGUGUAAUAAGGAACUCGUCGUCACCAUGAGCAGCAGCAGCAGCAGCCUAUUUCACGUGCACUGCAGGACGACGAAUGCUCCUUAGCAAUCUCCAAUUAUUCCUGCCUCGCUACUAGCUAGCUAGCUCCUCCCUCACCCAGCAAAUUUCCUCAUUUCGACGCGCCACCUAGUUCUCUGCCGUCCUCGACUAUACACUUUCCUUUCAUUGGCCGCCACUGUCUAACUCUUGUGGAUCACCGAUUGUUGUCUGUCUACACGUUGCCCGACCUCUUCAACUACGUUUCUUCCUCUUAACCUCAAUUAGAAUAUCAGGUACCCCCGUCUUCUCUUUAAUCCACACCGCUGUCUGUCUCAACGCUACGCUUAUCAUUUUGCGUUCCAUAUCACUUGUCGCGCGGCCCUUACCUUCUCCUCGAGUUCCUUUGUUGCCCUAUAAGCUACAGACCUUCGGGCUAUUAUAGCACUCGUACAAUAUUAGUCCUGGUCGACACCGGUUAGCACUGGUGUAAGGCAGUAACUAUAAGCCAUCUGCUAUAUCUAUAUAAAGGAGCCUGAUUCAUAACUUUUAGACCAUUAGGUAUAAGGAUUCUCAGAACACAUCUUCAAUGAUGCCUUUCAAUACUUCUUUAGUAUAUAUAGCCGGAGCGCUAUAAGACGAUCAGUCGAAGGCACUGUUAGUGAUCAUCUUCUGCUGGACUUAGGUGACAAAAAGCAGGCAGCGCAUGUGUCACAUCCGCGAGCUUAACGCCGCCGUAAUGCGUGCGGGACGUUGUUGUUGCUUUCUGACAACUUUCGUAAACAAGGUUGGGGACUUCGACGAAGCCACUUGGCAUGGUGACGCUGUAUUGCUUCUAGCUCUAAAAGCAAGCAAAUGAACAGAAGCGAAUGCACUGUAAGCACUUAAGGCGCCACGAACGCUGGAGUUUUAUUACCAUGGCGGCACAGAUACGUUCACAAGGCAGGGAACAAAACGCCGAACAUGGUGCAGUAACGUCACUCCAACACGUGCUCACGACGUGGGACUCAACGACGUGAAAGUUCCUCAAGCGUUGCCAACGUUUUUUUUUUUUUUUAGCCGUUUGAGAUAAAUAAUCUCUAUCGUUUACAGCUUUUAUGACAUAUGUCUUUGUUGUUCGUUUACUUGCAAAACGGUGAACACCAUUUGUUUUAUUUUAUCGUUUCUUUGGUUUUCUCAAUGCGGACAUUGACCGUAUCGGUAAACGAGCUGUUUGAUAGAAUAGUUUCUGUUGAUGCGCUUUAGCGAACACUCAUCUAAUUCAGUUCAUCCACUGAGAUCGCCCUUCAUCAUAGUUGAAUUCAUCACGUUUUGUUACUGUUUAAAUAAAGAGACACACAACUGGGA